AUACCGCAGAUGUAACGCUAGAUGUCAGCAAAACCCCGCCCGAAAUUAUCCAGUAAAGUUUCCAAUGAGUAAUCCACGUUUUGUCCGGCCUCUAAAACAUUACAUCAGCAUCUUAUUUGAGGACCAUUUCGGAAAGUAUCCUAAAAUUAUCCCAUCCUAUAAAAAAAAUACCAUCAGGAAGUUGUCACUUCUGAAAGCAGCACACAGCUUGCUGAGAACCGCCGCCUCGCGUUGUGUUGGAGGGGUGGUUUAGGGGUAGUUGAUUAAACCACCCCUCCCAUCUUCCUCAAAGCAGCGGGGCAUUUUAUAAGUAGACUAGCCGAGACGUUGUGCGAGAACCUACGGCGAUCCACUGAGUGAAGCCCACGUUGAAGCUACAUGAUCGACCUUUUCUGUCAGGAUACAGAGAUACGACAUGGCUACUGAGAGUAUAGCAAUGAACGGAGAUGCUGACCGAAGCGACGAGACGGGGGUCUUUCAUCGGGAUAAACCGCAUCGUGCGGCGGCGCGGACCCCUUAACAUGAACCAUUAUGCCAACAAGAAGAGCGCAGCAGAGAGCAUGCUGGAUGUGGCCCUGCUGAUGGCAAACGCCUCGCAGCUGAAGGCCGUUCUCGAGCACGGACCGAGCUUCACCUUCUACGUUCCCCUCAUCACUCUCCUCAGCAUCUCUCUCAUCUUGCAGAUAGUGGUGGGAGUUAUGCUCAUCUUUAUAGUUAAGUGGAAUCUGAACGAUGAAAGCAUGCAUCACAAGCUGGACAUCUUGGAAAGCUGUGUCAUGGCCUUCAUCUUUGUCAUAGUGGUGGUCAACGUCUUCAUCACAGCCUUCGGCGUCCAGCAGCCCCACUCGCGAGAUUCACCGCCUUCUUGACGUGUUCGCGGCUCAUCAAGACAUCAUGAUUUUUUAUUAUUUACAAGUUAAAUGGCCAUUUUGUAUAAUUGGCUGCUAUUGUCUGACUGUGUGUGUUUUGAAGAAAAAUAAGUAGUUAGUUCUUAUUUUCUCAUCAGUUACUGGUGCAAAAAGACUAUAAGACACAGUCAGUGUGACCAUUUCCUGUCAUGUUAAAAUAUUUUUCAUAUCUGUUGUUGUAUGUAUGCAUGCCUGCUGCUUAUUACUGACGGAUUAUGUAACCUCAGCAAAAUUAAAGUAAAAUUAUUCAAGAGCCCAGAAGGCUUAAUGCAGUACCAUAGCUUUACUGAAGGAGAGAUGUGUAGUUUACAGUUUGAAUUUUUUGAAUAAUGAUGUGGUCUUUAUGUGCUUUUUCAAGUGCUAUGCAAAAUGCAAUAUUUUUGACUGUCUUCCAUACAUUAGGUCAGUGCUUCCCAAACUUUUCAGUGUCUAACCCACCAAACAGUGGAAGAGGCUUGUGAGCAUACAAUGUACUGCCUUUUAUUUGUUUUUAAGUACUGUUUUUAUUUCUUUUAACGGGUAUUGCAGACAUAAAGUUAUGUAUUUGUUAUUUAGUUUUUGAAGAGAAUCUCAAGACCCUGCACUUACUGAUUGGGAAGCUGUGCAAAAAAAUUAUUUGAGUUUAUUUACUUCAUUGUGCGGUUGCUCUGAUUAAAUGUUUUAUUUACUUUUUUUAAACAAACAAAAAAACAAGAAUAUUUUACAGCUUUAAAUACUUCUAUACACUGUGACUGCUCAUGUACUAUAUUUUUAAAUAAAACUAGAAAGGUUUUA